AUGAAUUAUAAGCAUUUAGAGAGAAACCACAAAGAAACAAAGAAAAAAAAGAAUGAACAAAGAAGUACAACAAAUGAAAAAGAAAAAGAUGAGAAUAAACAUGGUGAAAAUUCAAAUUACGACCAUAAUGAUCUGGAAAUGAAAGUGGAACAGAAUGAUUCAAUGAGUAGAAAAAAAAGAAUUGCAAAGGAUACUCUUUGGAAUAUUGAAAAUUUUAAAGAGGCUGAAGAAAAUGUUAUGUGUUCUAAUAAAUUUGCUAUAAAUGAUAUAUCAGAUGAUAAUAUGAAUGAUAAGGAGAAAAUCAUUUUUGACCAUUUUGGAAAUAUGGAAAGAAAAAAAUAUCUCAUUGGAGCACAAAAAAGAAGAGGAAAUGAUACGUACAAAAACAGAGUGAAUGAUAAUAAAUAUAACCAAAUAACAGGAUUGAAUUUAUCAAAUUAUCUAUUAGUACCAGAUGAAAUAAGACAUAAAUAUACAAAAACGUACUUAUUUCAAAUAUCAAAAAGGUUACUUGUAAUGAAAAAACCAUGGAGAUUACCGAAAAAUGUAGAAUUACAAAUUAAUAAUGUAUACCAUUUGUCUAAUUACAUAAAAGUAUUAGAAAGAAUUUCAAGUGAAUAUUUAAAUGAUCCUCCAAUAAAUUAUUAUUUUAGAGGAUUAGAAUUAUAUAAUAAAAAUGUAUUUGCAAAUAUAGAUUAUUUAUUAAAAAAAGUAGAUAUUAAAAAAAAUCCAAAAAAUGUACAAUAUACAAAUUUAAUAAAAGUGAAUGAAUGUUAUUAUGAUUUAAGUACAUUUGGAAAAUCUCAGAAUACCAUAUUUUAUCAAUCCUAUGUCAUAUGGGAUAUACAUGGUAGUAGUUUAACAUUAGAACAAGAAUAUGAUAGUCUAUUUGAUUCUCAAAUUAUGGAUUAUAAUUUUGGAGAAAAGGAAUAUCCGAAUUUAAAAUAUAUUUUAAGUAUAUGUAGUUCUAUCUUAUUUUGGUUAAAUUUUAAUAAGAAGGAUAAUUUUGCAAUUAUAAAUUAUCAUAGAAGCAGCUCUUUCAUUUUGUUAAUUUUUUCAUGUGUCAUGUUAGUCCUUGAUAACUCAUUAUCAUUUGAUCAAAUUCAAGAAAUUUUGUACAAAUCAUCAAAAAUAAAUAAUAGUGACAAGGAGAAUGAAGAGGACAACAUGAAGAACACAGAUAUUUCUUCCAACUACUUUGGGAAUGAAUAUCAAAAUUAUUCGAAUAACGAAAAUUCAGAUACCAUGUUUAAUAUGUUGUGUAAGAAAAGCGGUGAGAGGGGUCUCUGCGGAAUAAGUGGAAAUACUAGUAGUUCAAAAAUUCCUAACAAUAAAAAAUAUAGAAAUAAUGAUGACGAGAAUAACUGCUUUUCAAAUGUUGUUUACACUAAUAAGAGGGAAGUUUCUGAUUCUGGUCAUAUUUACCGUUUUAACAAUUUCAUUAACUUGGAUGAUUCUAAUUUUAUGGACAAUUUAAAUAAAAAGGACAAUAUUUUUUCAAAAAAGGAGUAUGAUAAAGAUGAUAUUGAUCUCUGCAAUAAAAUGCAAAACCAUACGUUAAAUUUAGGAAGUAAAAGUGGAAUGUAUGAUAACGAAUUAGAUAAUUCCAAAAAUAAAAAGAGAACAAAAUUUUCAAAUUCUUGGGGUUUUGGGUUGACAAAUAGAGAAACAUGUAAAAAUGAGAAUAAAAUUAAAGAUCAUCAUUUCUGGAUUCCUUUUGAUUAUUGGAAAUCAUCUCAUAAGAGAUACUUUUUUUAUAUGUAUGAAUUAAUUAAAAAUAAAAACAAAAAAAUUGAAAAUAUUCCAUUUAAGUUAAAAAGCAUUAUUUUUAGUGACUAUGUGGUAUGCUCAGUUUCAGUAGAAGUUUAUGAAAUAAUAUAUAAAGACAAUAAGGAUUUGAAUUUGGAUCUUUCGUCAGAAUACGAAACUGAUAAAAGUAGCGAGAUACCAACGGAAGAAUGUCCAAUGGAUCGGGGUAUAAACGAGGGAUAUUCUGUUGAGGGGGAAGGAGAAGGAGAAGAGAAAGAAGUGGAGGAGGAAAGAAAACAACAAAGAAUACAUCAACAACUACUACAAAGACAAAGAUGUACUUCAUAUGGAGAAAAAGAAUCAAGGCAGAAAAUGUCACCAUUAGACGAUAUUUUAAUGGAUUUUGGAGACACUUAUACUCAUUGCAUUAAUGAAGUGCGUGAGGAAGAAGAUAAGGACAGAUGUUUUAAUAGAAAAAUAUCCAAUGAAAAAGGCGUUAUAAAUAAUAGAAAACAUUUUUACAUUGAUAAUAAUGCGAUGUAUUCUAAAAUUAUCAGUUGUCGCAACUCCCAAUCAGAACAAGAGGAACCAAGUAAUUUAAAUAUUUUGAACCAUGCACCUAGUACCCAUGAUGAUGAUGUAUCAUUCUUGGAAAAUAAUAAAAGAAAUGGUAAAAAACAGAACAUUAAUAAAUUAAGAGAUAAAAAUUAUUAUCGAACAACCAAAAGGGUAAAAAAUAAAAUUUCAAGAGCAUCAUCUGUUUAUAAUUUAAGUAACUGUUCAGAUACAUAUAAUGAAAAUAUAGAAAUAGAAUCAUUACAUUCAUUUAGUGUUAAUUCAGAUAUAAAUUAUAAAAAAAAUUUAGAAGAAAACAAAAAAGUAUCAAAUCAACAUGCUCAUACUACCUCUGGCAGUUCUAAUCAUAGUUUUAAUUUAAGACAUAAAAUGAAGCAAUUUGUUACUACAUUUUCACCUAGAUCCUUUUACUCAAAUUCAUCUGUUAAAUCGAAUUCAUUAGUAGAGCAUACACGAAAACAUAAAAAUGAGGAUAUUCAAUGCGGUAGAACUGUACAAAGGGGUGAGAAAAAAGGUGAUAUGUUUUUUAAUAGAAAAACAAAAACUGUGGAUUAUAAUGAAAACAAAGAUAGCGCUUACGUUGCAGAUAGGUGUAUGUCUAGCCAUAAGAUGAAGAAUAUUAGAGAAAUGUCAAAAAAGGAAGAAGAAGGACGGGAGGAGGAGGAGGAAGAAAAAGAAGAAAUAUCAGUCGGAGAAUUAGGAAACAAGAAAAAUAAUCAAAAAAAAGAAGAAAAAAAGUACAAUUUUUUAAGUAAAAAUAGGAAUAAAAGUAAAAAAAAAGCAGAAAAUAAAACAAAAGCUUCUUCACCUGCUAAAUCUGGUUAUGAAUAUUUUUUAAAAUGUAAUAAUUUAAGUUAUAAUAUUAUAUCAUCCUAUGAAAAAAAUAAGAAAAAAUAUGUAACAAUUGAUUUCACCCAUGAUGCAGAAGGAAAUACAAAAGAGCAUAUAAUAAGUGGUGAUAUUUUAAUAUUAAUUGGUCAUAAAAAUAUAGAAAAAUUUCAUAAAGGAUUUUCUAGUUCUUACUCAUUUCACUCAGGAUUCUUAAGAAAAGCUACUUCAGAAAUUAUACAUAUAAGAAAAGAUGAUAUGGAUAUAAAUAGUAACUAUGAAUGUUAUAUUCCAGAUAGUAUGAAAUUAUCCAUAGUUUUAGACUCAGCAACAAAGAAUGAAUGUAUGAAAGCAUAUAAAAAAAGUUUAAAAAUGAACAACAAAAUUGAAGAUUUGAAAGAGUUAAAAAUGUUUGAAAAAAAAAAACUGCUUUCAUCAAAUGGCGCAGAAAAUGGUAUUUUCAAUUUCUGUGAAAAUGAAUGUGAAUACUCCGCAUCUGAUGGGAAAAACCAUCUUUGGAGAAAAAUAGAUUCUGUGGAAAAAAUGAAAAGGAAGAAGAUGGAAAUACAAAAAGUUAAGGAUGAAGAUUACAAGGGUGGUAAGACCGAGUUCAAAAGGGAAGGGGGAAGAGGAGGAGGGGAAGAAAAAAAGGGGGUUGAAAAAUGGCGCAAUAAAAUAAUGAAGAAUAAGGAAAACGAAGGAGAGAAGGAAGCGGAGGAUGAGAAGGAAAAGAAUAAUGAAAAAGAAGAGGAAGAGGAAGAAGAGAAUGAGGGACAAGAAAAAAAAGAGGGGGAGGAAACACAGCAAAUACGUCAUCCGCACUCAGAAGGUCUACAUCACAAAAGAACAGAAAAGAAUGAACAACGACAUAACGUGGAUAUUAAUAAUAACAAAAAGAUUGAUUUUAACGCAAAAAUUAAUUAUAAUGGAUACUCAUUAUUUAGUGAAAAAGAGUCAAAAAUAAAAUAUAACACAAUAAAUAUAACUCAACUGUUAACGUCAUUAUUUGGUUUUAAACAUAGGCAAGAUAAAUAUUCUUUAAUGAAAAAACAAAAUAUGGGUCCUUUACUGCCAGUUAAAAGAUCGUAUUCAAAUUUAAUACCAUUAAAAGAUUAUUUGCAAAGACAGUAUGAAGUAAUUACAAAGCCAUCAGAAAGUUUGUAUAACUUCGUCAAAUAUCAUGUUCAAAAGGUUAAUUUUUCAUUAGUACAUUAUUUAAAAAAUAUAACUUAUUUAUCAAAUUUAAAAAUAUAUUUUUCUCUAAAAGUGUGUAAUAAUGAUUUAAAUAAGUCAUUAAAUUUUAUUGUAUCUAUAUGGGGAGUCAAAAUGUUAAAAAGAAAAUGUUGUACCAAUUACAAAACACCAUUAAAUAAAUUUUCUCAAUAUGAUAACCAAUUUAAGAAAAUAAAAAGUGGGAUCUAUGAUGUUAGUAUAAAGUCUUCUUCCAAUUCUACUAAACAUGCAAAUGUUUUAGAAAGUCUAAGCGAAAUGGAGUGUUUGAGCCAUACAAAUGUUGAGAGCUACGAAAGAAUAAAUGAUAGUAUGAGUAAUUACCCGGAAGAUGUACAUAAUUUAUGGAAUGAAGCGCAUAGUGUUGUGUAUGAAGAUGUGAACGUUAAGGAAAUUAGUUCCUCGUUUAAUUUGGAGGGGGGGGUUCUAUCGAGCAGAGAGUGGGAAAAGGAGCUAAAGCAGUAUAAGGUGCGUGAAAUGGAAAUAAUUGAGAAAAGUGAAGUUGAGAGUAAGGUGAAAAGUGAGGCGAAAAGUGAGGCGAAAAAUGAGGAGAAAAAUAAGGAGAAAAGUGAAAAACAACAUGAUUAUAUAAACAAUAAGGAUUCUUCUGAAAUUAUUACAAAUAUAGACGGAAUAAAAAUUACCAAAUUAGAAAUUAACAAGGACUAUCAUAAACUGAGAAAGGAUGGCAGUACUGAAAAAAAAAAAGCGAAUUAUGUGGUAAAGAGUGAAAUGGAAAAAUACGACGAGCAUAAAGAAGAAAAAAUAGAAAAUAUUGGAAAUUUGAUAGAUGACAAAAGCAAGAUUAACACAGAAUUAAAAAUAGAGGAUCAAAUUAGUAAUAAUAAUGAAGUAUUAAAAAAAAUUGAGGAAAGUAAAUUUUUUUACGCAAAAUUACCAAGUGGAGAAUUAAUUAAACUAAAAGUAAAGGAUACCAUUGAUUUAAGUACGCAUGAUAGUAUGCCAUUAUUAUUUAUUGAAUCAAUUGAAGAUUCGGAACAACUCGCGCGUGCGUUGACUGUAAAGUUAAGUGAAGAUUUCAAUAAAAAUGAAAAUAUGAUCAGUAUGAAACAUAAAGGACAUGAAGAUUGCUUAAUUAAUGAUUUAGAAAAACUGUAUGAUCAAACAAGAAAUCAAAAAAAAAAUAGCAUAGAUACAACAUUAAGUAUUGAAAGUGAGAGUUCCACUAGUUUUAAGUAUUCUACUUCUUUCGUAGAUUCUUUCGCAACUUCUGCCAUAAAAUUUAAGGAAAAAGAGGUACAAAAAGAGGAAUUAACUAAAGCAGAUAAUGUUGUGUCGGGUGCAAAUACACCGACAAACGUAAGUGUAAAUGUUGGUAAUUGGAUUGAGCUAAAUAAAAUUGAUGCCAAUAAGGAAGAGGCGGGUAUAAUGGAGGCAAAACUGAUUGAAGUAAAACUUGCUGAGGGGAGUAUGAUGGAGGAGAAACAGAUUGAAGUUAAAGAAGCUAAGGGAACCUUAAUGGAGCAUAAACGGAUUGAGGUGAAACCUACUGAGGGGAGUAUGGUGGAGGAUAAAAGGAAUGAAUCUAAAAAAUUAGAAGGAAGUAUAGUGGAGCAUAAACGUAUUGAAACGAAUCAUGCUGAGGGUAGUGAAUGCAAACAGAUUAGCGAUAAACAAACAAAAUCUAAUAACGUAGAGGCAAUGCUUAAGAAAACAAAGGAAAAAAGACCACCACCACCACUACCUGCUUCACUACAAAAAAUAUCAGUACCAAAAGCGAAAAUUCAGAGCACGCCUGUUGAUAGUGAAAAAAAAGAUGGUAAUAACGAACUAGGGAUAUCGAAAAAAUGUGGAAAAAAAAUGCCUGCUCCUCCUCCGCUACCUGCAUUACAUUUAAGUAAAAAUAAGAUGGGAACAAAAUGCAAAGGUGCUUUAAAAAAAUGUCCCAUAAAAUUUUCUUUAAAAGGUUCAGGAAAAAUACAAGAAAAAAGACCUCUGGGAAUCAAGCUGCAUUGGCAAUUAUUACCUUCUCACAAAAUUGAAGGAACAGUUUUUUACGAAAUAAAAAAUGAAGAAACAAAAUACAACUUAAUUAAUACAAAAGCGGUGCAUAAGUUAUUUGCUCGGGUUAAAGCAGAAAAAAAAAUAGUAAAAAGAAGUACUGAAGAUAAAAAAAAAAAUAAUGAAGAAAAAUUAAUAACAGUUCUAGAUAGAACUAGAGCUCAAAACAUUGGAAUAUUAUUAAGAUUUCCCAUUAGUACUCAAGAAAUUGCUAAUAAGAUAAAUACAUUUAACCUUGAAAAUAUGAGUAUAGAUUUCUUACAAAAAGUGCUACAUAUAUUACCAACAAAAGAAGAAGGUGAGAGCAUUAUACAAAAAUUAGAAAUUGAAAAUAUUAAAGAAGAGAAAUUUAGGGAUGUUGAAAGAAAAUUGAUCCCUUUUGUUUAUUUAGAUAGAUGUCAGUGUAAAAUUGAAAUCUGCUUAUUUUCUUUGAAAUAUGAUAAAAUGAUUAAUGAAAUAAUUAAAGACUUAGAUAUUUAUGAUAAAGCUGUAAAGGAAGUAAGAUCAAGUGUGCGAUUAAGAGCUUUAUUAAAUGCAGUGUUGAAAUGGGGGAAUUAUGUUAACUAUGGUGUUAGUGAAAAUGAGGAUUUGGUUGCAUUAGGUUUUACUUUAUCCUCUGUUUUAAAACUAACUGAAUUUAAAUCUUCUUUAGAUAGUUCCAUAACCUCAUUGCAUUAUAUUACUGUUAGUUUAUGUAUGUACUUACCAGAAUUAAAUAUAAAUUGUUUAGAAAACGAUUUAGGUUCUGUUUUAAUUGCAUCUAAAAUGUCAUCAGAAGCUGUUGAUAUUCUUUUAAUGUCAUUAGAUAAAGAAAUAAAUUAUAUUAAAGUACAAUUAAAGUCUAGUUAUGAAGAAAUGUUUAAGGAAAAAAUGAAGGCUAUUUUGGAGGAUAGUGAAUCGAAAUAUCUUAAUAUUCAAAAAAGAUAUGAAGAAACAAAAAAAGCUGUACAUCUACUGGGAAUAUACUUAGGGGAAGAUAUUCCAAAAAAUAAUAAUCUAGAAAACAUUUUUAUUAUAUUAUCAUCUAUUGUUGAAAAUUUUACAAAAUGUUAUAAAGACAUUUUGUUAAAUCCGAAAAAGUUUUCCAUAAUGUUAAAUGAUCAAAAUAUGUUAGAUCAAUAUAAUAACAUAUUUAUUAAAAAAAAAAACAAAACAUCCAACAUUUCUAAAAAUUGCAAUACGACGAAUAAAUCAGCUAUAACAAAUGAAAAAUUUUUAAUAAAGGAACAAUCACAAGUUAAAGCAAAGGUUAGUAAAUCACUUAGUUUUAGCAAUGUUAAAAACAAUAAUAAUAAUAGCAAAAGCAAGUUUUUUCAACUUAGAACUCAAUUAUUACACGACAUACAAAAUAGAUCUCUUCAAAAAAAUACUACUUCAACUACUUCAAAUUCUAGGACUAGCGAAAAUGAACAGCCAAUUAAUCAAUUAAGUAGUAAAAAUGCAUUAAUAACAUUCAUAAAAAAUAAGGGGGAACUAAUGUUCUCAGAAAACAGCAAACAUUUGAUAGAAUCAUUUACCGAAAAUGGAACCGGAGGAGGCGGAAGACAAGUAGAAAACAUAUCUGCUAAAUUAAGAGAAGAAAAGUUUUUUGAUGAAAUUAAUGAAAAUGCAACUAUUGGGGGAAAAUUGGGUGAAAGUGUAAUUGUUGGAAACGAGGGAAGUUGUGACAUAAAUACGGGUAUUAAAACUGAAGGGGGUGUAAUAAAGGGUAAAAAUAUUAAUGACAAUAUAAACGUGGGUGAUAAAAUUAGUAGUAAUGAAAAAACAAAUAACAAAUUCGUUGAUGGCACAAAUGGAAGCAUGAGAACUAGUGAUUAA